GAUACAGGGAAUGACACUUGUCGUGACCCAGGGAUAGGCUGCAGUCUGUGUCUCAUAUAGGGUAAAGUACUGCUGUCACGUUGAAUAUUCACUGAGAGGGAAUCAUAUGAAAUAAUGUGCUAAUUUCCUCUCUACGGAGAAAGCGUGCCGUUGAAUGUGGCUCCAGGUAGUGCGAACACCCAAAUGCUGCCACUGUGGAGAGUGAGAACUGUGAUUGUAAUCGCAGACAUAGGCGGAGGGAAUCGCCGUGGUGAUUAUAAUUUUUUAUGGACGCGCCCGGUGUGUAUGUUUGCGCGUGUCAGUCGUGUAACACAAUCAUGUUACAGAGCUCGUAAAUCGAGAGGAGCGCCAGUGCAUCAACUACAUCGAUGUAUUGAUCUACCCUCAUGCCGCUAGAAAGGACGCUCAAUUUGUAUGCAAACACAACGUGCCGCUGUAGCUCGAGGAGCGUCAAGAGAACAGAAGCAAGCAAGCAAUUACAUAUUUGCUUGACAACUAUUGCUGACAACUCACGAAGAUUACCGACAAGGACUAAAUACUUGCUUUUGAAAGUGGAUGAGACUGUCUGCAUGUCAUUCCCGUAGGACCGCAAUAAGUACAGGUAACAACACAAUAACCUAGCGGUUAGAGCUCGUUGGGCCAGAAACCGAGAGGUCGCUGGUUCGAAUACCUGAACUGACAAGGAGAGACCCGGGAGACAGCGGGCGCCAUGAGGCGGCGAGGAGGGCUUGAGAGAGAGGAGACAUCGUCCUUCAUCAUCCACAGCAUCGGGCAGUGCAGGAAGUGCACACACGCACCACAGAGACGGUCUAGCAAGAGACAGGCUAACGGCACCCGAAUCUGAGCGGGAGAAACCGGAGAGAGUGGCUUCAACAUCCAUUUAUUUAUCCUCAAUGGGCUCGAACUGGAUGGGACCAGACUUGGAAGUGACGAUGUCCAAGUUAACACACCGUUCUAUAUUGGACCCUCCUUGUUAGACCUUUCGAAAUAACUCGCCCACCGCUCUGAGGCUUAGAACUGAGGGGCAGAGAGAGAAAAAGAGAGGAGAGUGAUAGAGGAAGAGAACGAGAGGCACUCUGGGCCCCAUGCAGGCGCGUAAGAAGUAUGUCCUGCUGGGGCUGUGUGCUUGCUGUUGGCUGCUGCUCUUCUACUGGGGAGGCGGGGUCCAGGUCCGUCUCUUCAAGCUGCUGGGGCGGCCGAGGGGUGAGGUGGUGCGUCCCUGGCCCAACUGGACCGACCGGGCCUUCCUGCCGGGCUAUGCCCAGCUGGAGGAACUCCAGACGGGGCCGGGUUCCGCCGAGUCACCCCACCAGCGUCACCAAGCCUGGACGGGCAUCUAUAAAGACAGUCGCUGCCGCAUGGAGACCUGCUUCGACUUUACGAGAUGUCGACGUAGAGGGCGGGACGGGUUUAGAGUAUACGUCUACCCGUCGGAGAAGGGCGAGCGCAUAUCGGAGAGCUAUCGUAAGAUACUGAUGUCUAUAGGCGAGUCGCGGUACUACACCACGGACCCUCGCGAGGCGUGUCUGUUCGUUUUGGGGAUUGACACUCUGGACCGAGACCAGCUCUCGGGGCAGUUCGUGCCCAACCUGGACGAUCGUAUCAAAGGUUACCCGCUCUGGAACGAGGGACGGAACCACCUUGUCUUUAAUCUGUACUCGGGGACCUGGCCCAACUACAACGAGGACCUGGGCUUCAAUAUUGGCCAGGCCAUCCUGGCUAAAGCCAGCCUCAACACGGAACACUUCAGGCCCGGGUUCGAUGUCUCCAUCCCCCUGUUCUCCAAGGAGCACCCCCAGAAGGGGGGCGAGAGGGGCUGGUUGGUGCGAAACACAGUGCCCCCACGCAGGAAGUACCUGUUGAUGUUCAAAGGGAAACGGUAUCUAACGGGCAUCGGGUCGGACACCCGUAACGCCCUGCAUCACAUCCAUAACGGGAAGGACAUCGUGUCCCUCACCACAUGCCGUCACGGGAAGGACUGGGAGAAACACAAAGAUGCCCGCUGUGACCAUGACAACCUGGAGUAUGAGAAGUUUGAUUACCAGGAGCUGCUCCACAACUCCACCUUUUGCCUGGUUCCUCGGGGGCGUCGCCUGGGCUCCUUUCGCUUCCUAGAGUCUCUACAGGCGGCGUGUAUUCCAGUGUUGCUCAGUAAUGGUUGGGAGCUGCCCUUCUCUGAUGUCAUCCAGUGGAACCAGGCUGUCAUAGAAGGAGAUGAGCGAUUGCUACUGCAGGUCCCAUCUACAGUGCGCGCGGUGGGAAAUGAGUGGGUCCUGGCUCUGAGGCAGCGCACUCAGAUGCUGUGGGAGGCUUACUUCUCCUCCGUGGACAAGAUAGUCCUCACCACACUGGAGAUAAUCAAAGACCGGGUGUUCUCCCACAUCUCCAGAAAUAAGUACAUGUGGAACGCCUUACCAGGAGGCCUGCUCGUCCUGCCAGAGUACUCCACACACUUGGCCCACUUCCCCUUCUACUACCUGAGCUUAGGGGUCAGUCCAGGUCAAGAGUUCACCGCCAUCAUCCAUGCCGUCUCUCCGUUGGUCUCCCAGUCUCAGCCAAUCAUGAAGCUGCUUCAGGUGGUUUCCAAGUCCAAAUACUGUUCACAGAUCAUCAUCCUGUGGAACAGUGAGAAGCCGCCGCCCCACAGGAGUAAAUGGCCACCCAUGCCUGUCCCCCUCACUGUGACAGACGGUAGGAGGAAGACGAGCAGUCGUUUCCUGCCCAACGUGGCCAUAGAGACAGAGGCAGUACUGAGUCUGGAUGAAGAUACAGUCCUGCUGACCAGUGAGGUAAACUUUGCCUUCUUGGUGUGGAGAAGUUUUCCUGAGCGUAUCGUGGGCUACCCCCCUAGGAGUCACUUCUGGGACCCGGUGAAGCAUGCGUGGGGGUACACCUCCAAGUGGACUAACGAAUACUCCAUCGUUCUGACGGGAGCAGCCUUCUACCACAGGUACUAUCACUACCUGUUCUCCCACUACCUGCCCCCCUCACUACGGGCACUGGUGGACCGCACUUCCAACUGUGAGGACAUCCUCAUGAACUUCCUGGUUUCCUCCGUCACCCACCUGCCACCAAUCAAAGUGGCCCAGAGGAAGCAGUACAAGGAGCUGCCCAGCCCACAGGUGAGGCGACACCCAUCGAUGGUGAAUUUGACCAAUGAGCUGCCCAGCCCACAGGGUACGAAGAUGAGCGCUCCGUGGGCCAACCCAGAGCACUUUACCCAGAGACAGGAGUGUGUGAACAGCUUUGCCAGAUGGUUUGGCUACAUGCCCCUGGUCCACUCCCAGUUCCGCCUGGACCCCCUGCUCUUCAAGGACCAGGUGUCUGUCCUGCGCAAGAAGUACAAGGACCUGGAACGUGCAUGACAGGGACCGAGACAGAAACACUGUGUGGAGGCCUGGUCUGGUGGUUAAAUGUAGACAGAGCCUGGUGAUAAAAGGAGGGAGGGGACCUAAAGCUAAGAGACUCCGCCUCCAGGGAUCUGAGACAACAGGCUAUUGGAGGAGUAAACAUAUGGAGGAAGCCUUAUGUCCUCGGUGGAAGAUGCCACUCACUCCCAUUGUGGUUUGAACGGAGUGGAAGGCACCAAGUGGACAGUUAAUGGUGCAAUGCACUCCAGCUGGUGUAUUUCUACAGUACACCAGAGAGUUGAGAAUGUCGCAUAGCAAUUGGUUCAUUCCACGUAACUAUAAGACCAAUAAAAACAGUGCAAACGGCA